AUGGCUGAAGCGCACCAGGCUGUGGGCUUCCUACCCUCACUGGCCUCUGAUGGGGAGGAAGUGGAGCUCAGCGCUCCUGUGUGGCAGGAGAUCUACCUCUCUGGCCUGCGCUCUUGGAAAAGGCAUCUCUUGCGUUUCUGGAAUGACUUCCUCACUGGUGUGUUACCCGCUAGCCCUCUCAGCUGGCUCUUCCUCUUCAGUGCAAUCCAGCUCGCCUGGUUUCUCCAGCUCGAUCCUUCCCUAGGACUAAUGGAGAAGAUCAAAGAGUUGCUGCCAGACUGGGGUGGACAGCACCACGGGCUCCGGGGGGUCCUGGCAGCUGCUCUGUUUGCCUCGUGUUUGUGGGGAGCCCUGAUCUUCACGCUUCACUUGGCCCUAAGGCUACUUCUGUCCUACCACGGCUGGCUUCUUGAACCCCACGGAGCCAUGUCCUCCCCCACCAAGACCUGGCUGGCCCUAGUCCGCAUCUUCUCCGGCCGCCACCCAAUGCUCUUCAGUUACCAGCGGUCCCUGCCCCGCCAGCCCGUGCCCUCCGUGCAGGACACCGUGCGCAAGUACCUGGAUUCUGUCCGGCCCAUCCUCUCCGACGAGGACUUCAACUGGACCGCGGUCCUGGCGGAGGAAUUUCUGCGGCUGCAGGCGUCGCUGCUGCAGGGCUACCUGCGGCUCAAGUCCUGGUGGGCGUCCAAUUACGUCAGUGACUGGUGGGAAGAAUUUGUGUACCUGCGUUCCCGCAACUCGCUGAUGGUGAACAGCAACUAUUACAUGAUGGACUUCCUAUAUGUCACACCCACGCCACUGCAGGCCGCUCGCGCUGGGAACGCAGUCCAUGCCCUCCUCCUGUACCGCCACCGUCUCAACCGCCAGGAGAUCCCCCCGACUCUGCUGAUGGGGACGCGUCCCUUAUGUUCUGCCCAGUACGAGAAGAUAUUCAACACCACGAGGGUUCCGGGAGUCCAAAAGGACUACAUCCGCCACCUCCAUGACAGCCGACACGUGGCUGUCUUGCACCGGGGCCGAUUCUUCCGUGUGGGGACCCACUCCCGAAAUGGCCUGCUUUCCCCGAGGGCCCUGGAGCAGCAGUUCCAGCGAAUCCUGGACGACCCCUCCCCCGCCUGCCCACAUGAGGAGCAUUUGGCCGCUCUGACCGCUGCUCCCAGGGACAUGUGGGCCCAGGUGCGGAGGUCCCUGAAGACCCAGGCAGCUGAAGCCCUGGAGACUGUGGAAGGGGCCGCUUUCUUUGUAUCUCUUGACUCUGAGCCUGCAGGGCUUCCCAAGGAGGACCCAGCAGCUUCCUUGGAUGCGUAUGCCCAUGCCCUGCUGGCCGGCCAGGGCCAUGACCGCUGGUUUGACAAAUCCUUCACCCUAAUUGUCUUUUCCGACGGGAAGCUGGGCCUCAGCGUGGAGCACUCAUGGGCCGACUGCCCCAUCUCAGGACACAUGUGGGAGUUCACUCUGGCCACAGAAUGCUUUCAGCUGGGCUACUUGGCAGAUGGCCACUGCAAGGGGCAUCCUGACCCCAUGCUACCCGAGCCCCAGCGGCUGCAAUGGGACCUUCCAGAGCACAUCCAUCCAUCCAUCUCUCUAGCCCUGAGGGGAGCCAAGACCUUGUCUGAAAACAUCGACUGCCAUAUCUUGCCCUUCUCCCACUUCGGCAAGAGCUUUAUCAAACGCUGCCACCUCUCUUCAGACAGCUUCAUCCAGAUGGCCUUGCAGCUGGCCCAUUUCCGGGACAGGGGUCAAUUCUGCCUGACUUAUGAGUCAGCCAUGACUCGCUUGUUCCUGGAAGGCCGGACGGAGACGGUGCGGUCUUGCACAAGGGAGGCCUGCAACUUUGUGAGAGCCAUGGAGAACAAAGAGAAGACAGACCCGCAGUGCUUGGCACUGUUCCGCGUGGCAGUGGACAAGCACCAGGCUCUGCUGAAGACAGCGAUGAGUGGGCAGGGUGUUGACCGCCACCUCUUUGCGCUCUACAUCGUGUCCCGAUUCCUCCACCUGCAGUCACCCUUCUUGGCACAGGUUCAUGCAGAGCAGUGGCUACUGUCUACCAGCCAGGUCCCAGUGCAGCAAGCGCACCUGUUUGAUGUCCACAAUCAUCCUGACUAUGUUUCUUCGGGUGGUGGAUUUGGGCCUGCCGAUGACCAUGGUUACGGUGUUUCUUAUAUCUUCCUGGGGAAUGACAUGAUCACCUUCCACAUCUCCAGCAAAAAAUCAAGCACAAAAACGGACUCCCGCCGGCUGGGGCGGCACAUUGAGGAUGCACUGUUGGAUAUAGCCUCCCUGUUCCAAGAGGGGCACCAUCUGAAGCGCCAGUUCCGAGGGUUAGGGGAAGAGGUCUCUGGGCACAGGUGUGGAUUUGUCUGUAGCCAGACUGGGGACUCCGAGACACCCACAACAUCCACUGACUUCUGA